CACUACCAUCUACCUGCAGGCUUUUGGGCAUCGCAUCGACUCAUCGAGAAUCGAAAGUCAUACCCGACAACCGCCACCCAACCGCCACCACUCAGCCCUCACCUGCUGAUUCUUCUCGUCGAUUACGAUUUUCGUCGAGAAGCAACGACCGACCAACUGCUGCGUUGCCGUUCAGCGCACCACGCCGUCGUGUUCAGCCUCGAAUAGAAAUAGAGAGUAAAGUGUGGAGUGUGGAGAGUAGAACACGUUCGGCAGUUGCAGGAAGAAAUUACAUUCGACGACGACGACGACGACGACGAGAAGUCGAGAACACUUCGGGCACAUCCACGUUGCGAUUUGAACAUGUGCCGGGACAAUGAGAGUUACUGGUGGCGAUCGACCGGUAAUUGUUGAAGAUGAUGACAACUUCUCGAUGGUAGGGUGGUCUUGGUCUUGGUGUUCAGUGGAAGAGUGCGUUUUGGUGAUCGGUUCGCGAAAUGGCCGUGUUAAUAAAAAAGUGCAGUUUGAUCUUGCCGGGGUUUAGAACAACCUCAUGUUUGACCGUUGUAUUGCUCGUCUGCAUGGAGACCGUCUUCUUGUGCACACAGUCCACCUGCUCAAAAACAUUCCAGGUUCACUGGAAUACCAGUGAUAGCAUAUUUCGCAUCGACAACACUGACCACAUCAUCGACGUAAAUAAGGGUAACGCCCAAUUUGAAUACGAUCAAGUCAAUAUCAUCUGUCCGGUUUACACGCCAGGAACAUACGGAGAUGACUUAGAAAAAUAUAUUAUUUACAACGUAUCAAAGGAAGAAUACGAAACCUGCAGAAUAACAAACCCCAAUCCCCGUAUAAUAGCCAUAUGCGAUAAACCAUACAAACUAAUGUAUUUUACAAUUACAUUUCGACCUUUUACACCUCAGCCCGGCGGCUUGGAAUUCCUCCCCGGCAAAGAUUACUAUUUUAUAUCGACGUCAUCAAAGGACGAUCUACAUCGAAGGAUCGGGGGCCGGUGCUCUACCAAUAACAUGAAAAUUGUUUUCAAAGUGUGCUGCGCCCCUGAUCAGAACCAAAAUAAUUUUACAACAAAAUUAACGUCGACUUCGACGACGACGCUGGGUUGGCCGGAUAUUCGACGACCGAUGGUCGAAGUAACAUCAUCAUCGACCACACAAUGGGUCUCUCGAACGGAUACACCGUCGACGAGGAAACCCACAAAGAAAAUGAACGAGUACGAAAAGCAUCCGAAUGAAGUAAUGAAAAAUGAAGAGUUGACGUAUAGCAAAGGAGUUUGGUUAUCGGCGGGACCUCCAAGUUUUCUAGUUGUCAUUGCCUGUAUAGCAGUCAUUCGAUGGCGGUGAGCUAAAAGACAGGAACGGGAGCGGGGACUUGUCUCCAGCUCUACGUUCACACAUGUUGACACUUAUCUGUAAAAUACUGUAAAUUAUUAGAUGACGUGUCCGCGAGUGCGUGAAUAACGGCGACACUCUAAAUAGUUUUGUUUAUAAGAACCUUGCGUAAAAAGCCAAUUUUUGUAGAUAAAAAUAGUGCGUUAAUUUAAGUAAUGGUACGAAUUUUUUUCAGCGCAAAGCUGGUGUGAUAAAAGUAUUAAAAGACUCAAAGAGACUUCUUAUCUAAUUACUUCUCGCAAUUACUUACGUAAAAUACUGUGCAAUUUUUAUCGAAAAACUUAUCUAACUAGAUCUAACUAGCCAAGGAAACUUCCUUGGCUACCGCGAGGAGUAAUUAGAUUAUUUCAUAAAUAUGUGUAAAUAAAAGUGAUAUUAUUGUCAUUGAAACGCUUCUUGUAGUCCUUAAUUCCCAAAAAUGUCGACUGAAACACGUAAAAGUUUGGGAAUUGCAAAUACGACCGACACUCUUUAGCUGAAAUUUACCGAUUUAAGGAAGCUAUUAUUUAAUUCUUUUACUCUUCGAGUACUUAACUACUUACAUUCCCACUAAUUACGCAACUUACAUAGUUUCAGGUCUAAAUUUGUUUUAUCCGAGCUUUUGGGUGUGCAUGUUUUAAAAUGUAUUUUAUUAUACUAUGAAAUAUUAGUGUGUGUUGUUUAGCAAAGACUUGUAUAAAGUGUAGAGCGUACGUGCUAAGUAUAUAAUUCUAUGUUCAUUUAAUGGAUGAAAUAUUUUGUACUUCUCUUAAAAGAUUGUGUAAACAAUGCAGUGUAAAAGUAAAUAGUUGUCUGAUCAUUCUUGUCAGAGCUCUACAGUAGUUCAUAUGAUGAUACACCAGUGUGGGAUGUCAAUGACGCCAUCUCAAUUGUUGGGGCCAACCAAAAAUUACCAAAUCAAGUGCGUAUUUUACGUACUUAAUUUGCGUAAUUUUAUUAUUUUAUAAUAGUUUCUUCACAGUAUUAUAUUUCAUGUGCUUAUAAGUUUGUGUUUUUAUCUUCCUUGGUGUCUAAUUUUAGCUCACAUUAAUACGAAUGCACUUCAUCAUCAUUAUUAUAUCAGUAUUUAUUUUGCUUAUAACAUACAUCUAUCAAAAUUUCUUUUAUUAUCUUUCUUUAUUUAAAAUAAUUGAUCAUUUGGCGUGCAAUUUUUAUAUACACAUUUAACCAGAUGUCAUGUUAUGUAGCACCUCAACUCCUUAUAAUCCGGUGCUUACAAAAAUAUUAAUGUAUAUCGAUAAAACUUACCGACUAAAUUGGAAAAUGAUUCAUUCAGUAUAAAAUAUCUCUUCAUGAUGCCUUGUUGUAUUUACGUCACCGAUAAACUGAAAACGUUUCUGAGAUAUUCUGUUAAUUAACAACUUGCCACGUACAUUUUUCGUCCAAUGAAACAAUUCGGUGUUUUUAAGUUAUCGGUGAAAAUAUAUGGACUAGAAGUAGGACUGUAGAGGCACUGAGAAUAAACAGGUACACAAUAUA